UCAUCAUCCCGACUCUGCUGGGGCUUUGAGGCGCAGCAGCAGCAGCAGACCUCCCGUAUCCGACAGACCGACAUCCUCCGCAUUGAAUCCGCGCCCGCUGCUGCUGCUCUGGAGGGACUUCUCGGUGGACCAGCAUCAUGCGCAGGACUCACUAACUCCUGUGGACGCUUUCCCCUUGCAGCGCGGUCACCUCCUCUCCAGCUAAAUUUGCCGCUUUCGAGUCCCUUUUUUUUUGUCAAGGAUAGUAAUAACAAUAACAAUAACGAUGAGGCGCGACAGAGACCGCGAUGAACGUUCGAGAGACAGAGGCCGAGACCGCGACAGGGACCGAGAUGUGAGGCCUUCGUCCGGGAUGCCCGGCGUCCCAGCUGCAGGCGGCUUGGGCUUCCUUAAACAGCCGCCCAUGCAGCAGCAGCAGCAGCAGCAGCAGCAGCAGCUCAACCCUUUCACCAGCCUGCCCCACACGCCUCGCUACUAUGAGAUCCUCAAGAAGCGGCUGCAGCUGCCGGUCUGGGAGUACAAGGAGAGGUUCACCGACAUCCUGAGGCGGAACCAGUCUUUUGUGCUGGUGGGAGAGACGGGCUCUGGAAAGACCACGCAGAUCCCUCAGUGGUGUGUGGACAUGGUUCGGUCAGUGCCGGGGCAGCGGAGAGCGGUGGCCUGCACCCAGCCCAGGAGGGUGGCGGCCAUGAGCGUCGCCCAGAGGGUCGCUGACGAGAUGGAUGUCAUGCUGGGCCAAGAGGUGGGCUACUCCAUCAGGUUUGAGGACUGCAGCUCUGCCAAGACUGUGCUCAAGUACAUGACAGAUGGGAUGCUGCUGCGGGAGGCCAUGAACGACCCCCUGCUGGAGCGCUAUGGCGUCAUCAUUCUGGACGAGGCCCACGAACGCACAUUGGCUACAGACAUACUCAUGGGAGUCCUUAAGGAGGUGGUCCGCCAGAGGUCUGACCUGAAGGUCAUUGUCAUGAGUGCGACGCUCGAUGCCGGUAAAUUCCAGGUGUACUUCGACAGCUGCCCGCUCCUAACUAUACCCGGACGCACGCACCCCGUGGAGAUAUUCUACACGCCGGAGCCGGAGCGCGACUACCUGGAGGCUGCCAUCCGCACUGUGAUCCAGAUCCACAUGUGCGAGGUGGACGAGGGGGACGUGUUGCUCUUCCUCACCGGACAAGAGGAAAUUGACGAGGCCUGCAAGCGGAUCAAGAGGGAGGUCGACGAUCUGGGGCCGGACGUCGGCGAUAUCAAGAUCAUCCCGCUGUACUCCACGCUGCCCCCGCAGCAGCAGCAGAGGAUCUUCGAGCCGCCCCCGCCCAAUAAACCGAACGGCGCCAUCGGAAGGAAGGUCGUCGUGUCAACAAACAUCGCCGAGACGUCCCUGACCAUCGAUGGCGUGGUGUUUGUAAUUGAUCCGGGAUUUGCCAAGCAAAAGGUUUACAACCCUCGUAUCCGAGUGGAAUCCCUUUUGGUUACAGCCAUCAGCAAAGCCUCGGCCCAGCAGAGGGCAGGUCGAGCUGGACGAACACGCCCCGGAAAAUGUUUCCGCCUCUACACGGAGAAAGCGUAUAAGACCGAAAUGCAAGACAACACGUAUCCAGAAAUCCUCAGGUCUAAUCUGGGCUCCGUGGUGCUGCAGCUGAAGAAACUGGGCAUCGAUGACCUGGUGCACUUUGACUUCAUGGACCCGCCAGCCCCGGAGACCCUGAUGCGAGCCCUGGAGCUGCUGAACUACCUGGCGGCGCUCAACGACGACGGCGACCUGACGGAGCUGGGCUCCAUGAUGGCAGAGUUCCCCCUGGACCCCCAGCUGGCCAAGAUGGUCAUCGCCAGCUGUGAAUUCAACUGCUCCAACGAGAUCCUCUCCAUCACCGCCAUGUUGUCAGUCCCGCAGUGCUUCGUCCGACCCACGGAGGCCAAGAAGGCGGCUGACGAGUCCAAGAUGCGCUUCGCCCACAUCGACGGAGACCACCUGACGCUGCUCAACGUCUACCACGCCUUCAAGCAAAACCACGAGUCCACCCAGUGGAGCUACGACAACUUUGUCAACUACCGCUCGCUGAUGUCGGCCGACAACGUUCGGCAGCAGCUGUCCAGGAUCAUGGACCGUUUCAGCCUGCCGCGGCGGAGCACCGAGUUCAGCAGCAGAGACUACUACGUCAACAUCCGCCGAGCGCUGGCCACGGGCUUCUUCAUGCAGAUCGCUCACCUGGAGCGAACAGGCCAUUACCUGACGGUGAAGGACAACCAAGUCGUGCAGCUGCACCCCUCCACGGUGCUGGACCACAAGCCCGAGUGGGUGCUCUACAACGAGUUCGUGCUCACCACCAAGAACUACAUCCGCACGUGCACGGACGUCAAGCCAGAGUGGCUGGUGAAGAUUGCCCCGCAGUACUACGAGAUGAGCAACUUCCCUCAGUGCGAGGCGAAGAGACAGUUGGAGCGCAUCAUUGCUAAGCUCUCGUCCAAGGAAUACACUCAGUACUGAGAAGAUCUGCAUCCGCCCUGUCUGUACAAAGUAAAAUCAUUGGAACUCUAUUUUUUUUUUUGUUUGUUUUUUUUAAUUAUCAUCUUCAUUUUGAAUCCUGUUUUUUGUCACGGUGAUGCGUUUUCCUAUUGCUGGAUGUCCUGUUUUUUCUUAAAGACAAAAGAGCGAAUGAAAGGACUAUAAAGACUUGUCAUCUGUGUCCGUCUGGAGCAUGGUACUUCACGUACAUUUCAGUAAUAAUAACAGAUCUCACCGUUGUUUUGCUCGUUCUGCUAAAUCAGUCUACAAAGAGAGGCUUUGGCUCAAAUGUAAUUUAUACCGUAUUUUGAUGCGAGCAUAAUGUUAUGUUCUCUUGUCGUGGAGAUGGGCAACUGGGUCACAUUUCCCGUCUAAUGUUUAACUUAAUAAAAAUGCCUUUGUUACAAA